CAUAAUGUCUGUGGUUUACCCAAAUAACAGGUUUGGACAUCCUCACAAGAGGCCUCAAGGCAGGCACCGACCCUGCUGAUUUUAGGUGAGGUCCUGCCCGCUUGUCCUGCAUCCUGCAAAGCCCGAAUCAAAGCAAGCACAGUCCUGAAGAUAGGCCUCAGUCUUCUAGUUCUAGAAGAAACUUAAGGACUUCAAGAUGACAGGAAGAGAGUUUCUUGAAGUAGAUUCUCCACAGCAAAGGCUAUUUUUGGAAAGAUUUAAGUACAUGGAAAUCAUGCAGAAGAUGCUCAAUGAGCUUCCUAAAGCAGAUCAGAACCUGUGUAACCAUGGAUCAUACUUCCUUGCAGCAAAUUCAAGCCUGUGUGGCUUAGCAGCAAAUAACUUCUUCAGGAACAUCCUGCACGUCCGCAGGGCUGCCAUAGCAUCUGCUUUGCCAAUGGCUGUUAUUCCUUUCAUUUCAACAGCAGCAGUUUAUGAAGUUUUUUUGCGUCAGCCUUUAUUUUCAGGUGAGAUUAACUGCGAGGUCUGUGCUGUGGUCAGAGGAGGAUUAAUAGGGGCUGUUGUAGGUGGUUUCUAUCCUGUUCUCAUGGCUCUCCCCGUGAAUGCAAGCCUUGCAGCCAGGUAUUCUUCAUCUCCCUUGCCAGGGAAAGAAAAUCUACUACGCUUCUGGCUCACAGUUUCUCAGCCUGUCUUUAGAAAGAUGAGUUUGGGUGUAGUGAUACAGGCUCUAACUGGAUUGUAUCUUGCCACUAAACAUCAUGGAAUAUAUGUCAAAAUAAUGGAACGGAUGAGCACUGCUGGCAGGGAUCCUGAAGAGUUACAAGCAUGAAGAUAAGCAAGUUUUCAGUUGCCUUGAAAAACAACCUUAAUAAACAAAGAGAAACGCUGUUGCUUGCUGGGGUUUUUUAAUAGUAAAAUUAAGGCUUUGCAUUGGCAUUCUUCUCAAUUCUGAGAACUUGAAAGGCUGAGGGACUUGGGGGAUUUUUAGCCUAGAGGAGACUGAAGGGGGAUCUUACCAAUGCUUAUAAACACUUCAAGGGUGGGCAUCAGAAGGAUGCAGUCAGUGUUUUCAGUGGUGCCCAAUGACAGGACAAGAGGUAACAGGCACAAACUUAGGAAGCUUCAUGUAAAUAUGAGAAGGAACUUCUCUGAGGGUCAUAGAGCACUGGCUCAGGCUGCCCAGAGAGGUGAUAAUGUCCCUGUCUUUGGAGUCAUUCAAAACCUGCCUGGAUGCCAUCCUGUGCUUACCUGUUCUGGAAGGGGUGUUGGACUGGAUGAUCACCAGAGGUCCCUUCCAACCCCUAUCAUUCUGUGAACGCAGGAUAGGUUUUGCAU